AGGCGUUCCCCGGACAGGUUCAACAACAAGUUCCGUGAGUACGUUCCAGAGUAUGGCACUCACCUGCCCCGGGCUCCAGCCUUCAGGAGUGUGUCACCUCAGGAAGUCAAAGAAAUCAACAACAGGCUGACCAGACCUACCGUAGUCUCCUUUAUACGUCACAAGUCAGGGGUCAGCCGGUCAGCGAAGAGCAGAGGCUCCCCUAGAGGGCGCUUGUCUGACCACGGGGAGAAUCAGGAGGAGGGGGAGGGGGAGACAGAGGAAGACGGAAAAGGAGGAGGAGGAGGAGCUUAUGAGAAUGAUGCGGGGCUUAAACGUCAGCAGCAGAGGCCUUCGGGACAUCGUCGGGUUGUGCCGUGCUCUGAUUGGUCCGACGAAGAAGGUGGAGGCGGAGGCGGGUACUAUUAUGUAGAUGAGGACCACUCAGGGUAUGGUAGCGAACGGAGCGAGGAAAAACAAGGUAGAUUUCAGUCUUCUAUAAAACACCCUGGACUAAGUAAUUCAAGGUAUCAUAGUCAUGAGAAAGGUGGGAGGAUGAGAGAACAGACGAACAAAGAUAGAAUGUCUGACAGGGAGAGAAAGGAAGAAGAUCGCUUGCCUCUUGUCGAGAGUCGAGAAUCUGAGCGGAGAGACGACGCACACCGAAGUUCUGCAUACGAGUCGUCUGAUAAUGACUUUCAAGAUCGUGACGUCAUAAUUCAAAAUGGCGACACCACGUGUGAAGAAGAUUUGAGCCAGCAGGAUAAAACAAGCGAAAAGGAUGGACCGGAAGAUAAAGACUGUGACGUCAAAAAUAACAACACGAAGAAAGCUCGCAGAAAGACGAUCGGAUCAGCCUCGACCGUAUCUCGCAAGAGCGUGAACAGCAGAAGCGGUUUGGGAUACAGCCCGCCUAAAAGAAGACUUUUGAUCUUGGAAGAAAUAAUGAGAUCGAAAGUGCCGGCCCGUCAGAGACAGAACGUGAAGGUUGCGGCAGCUCGGAGAAGCCAGUGGGAGAAGGAGAGGGUUAAGCUAGACCGUAGAGAGAAGGUAGACAAUAGGUUGAGCCAGUCUCCUUACUGCGAGCCCAUGCCUAGGUUAUAUGUGAUGUACCCUGUACAACCGUACAGCAUGUCUGCCUCUAAGCAACCCAGAGGAAGGGCUGCGCAGAGGAGAUCGCUUCAUCAACAAAGCACGAGAGGAAGUGUAGACCACAGAGGGGAUGGAGCUGUAGGGAGCAGGUCUAUAGACGCGAUAGGGAGCCGUCCUCACACGCGUACAGGUGCCGCAGCGUCAGUACACAGAAGAGAGGAGAUAUCCUACAACUAUAGACCAGAGGCUAGAGGCCGUGUGUCGGACACGCACCAGCUUUCAAGAGUGAAGAGCGCACCACUGCGCACCACCACCACCACGCAACAAGCGUCGAUAAUCCCUCCCGAGAGCAGAUUCACUAGCAGCAGCACAGCGACGCAAGCCUACAGCAACCGCCCGACACGAAAUAAUUCGGACCCACCAAAAGGUCAGUCUGGAGAUCGUGGUGUAAAAAGUAGGAGCCCGGAAAAAGGAAAGACUUCGGAUUCGGGACAGGCGACGAAAAAAGCGGAAAAUGACUUUGAGAAGAAAGACGCCAAACGUAGCGGUGAUGUUCAUCAUCCGGACAGAAGAACGACGGUGCAGGGUCGUCAGAGCCGUAAUUCUGCUUACAGAACUGAGUUUGAUACGUUCUACAUGAUGCAUAAUGGUACACUGUUUGAGCAAAACCCAAGAAAAUUCUCGUCCCCGGCCGAAAUGGAGAGAGCAAACGCGAGACUGAUGAAACCGACGACGACAAAGAUGAUACGAGACCGGAUGAGGUGGGCGCCCGACAAUGAGGAUCUCGCGGACCCUGUGCGGGUUGUUCAGGAAUCGGUGGAGGAAGAGAGGAGCAGGAGCAAAAAGACUGACAGGAGAGGCCGAGUCACGGAGGGUCCUCACAGCGAUGACUCAAGUGAUGCUAAUUGCGAUGAUGAUGAUGAUGAUGAUGAUAUUUCUGAUCAUGAACAAAAGAAGAAGCAGCAGCGGCAUCGCGAGGCGGUUACGGUAAAAGAAACGAAAGGUGCGAAGAUUAAAAAAGAGAAGUCUCCUGCACCAGCUUCGAGCAAACCGAAGUUGGUUCGAGGUGCGCCUAGGGGUCUGAGCGAGCUCAACAAAGCGAGCAAACGUGACGGUGAUGAGGGCGAGAAUGUCAAUGAGAAGACUGAGCUGGCGACGCCGAAACAGAAAAAGGCGCGGUUAACGAAACAGGGUGGAAGUGAGGACGAGUCAAAGAUGCAGGAAAAGAGUGUAGCGAACGAGAAAGCGGAGAAAACAUUGUCGAGGUCUCGAUCUUACUCUUCUGAUUCGUCGGGGAGGUCUAGGUCUCCUAAGCGAGAAAUAUCUCGCUCAAGGUCACGAUCAAGAUCAAGGUCACAAUCUAGGUCCAGGUCUGUGUCACGGUCUAGGUCAAGAUCAAGGUCAGGAUCAAGGUCAAGGUCGAGGUCACGGUCCCGUUCAAGGUCAAGAUCAAGAUCAAGGUCACGGUCAAGGUCAGCUUCGUCUCGUUACUCAAGGUCUCAAAGCCGAUCAGGUUCAGGGUCAGAGACGGAGAAAGAGACGAGUCGAGGGUCGCAGACGGAGCAGAGAGACAUGGAGACGAGGAACAUAUCGGAGGGAGUUGCUAGAGGUGGCCUAAACACUGUUGAAAGCGACUCAAAAACAGAAUCUAUUUCUCAAAAAGAGAAUAGGGAUGUCAGAAACUAUGACGGAGACGAUGAGAAACUCGAGUCUGAAGGAAAUCGUAUUGAUUCCGAAGCUACUGAGGCAGACGGGGAGGAAGAGAGACAUAUGUAUUCCGUAGGCUUCAGGAACAGCCGAGGAGACGAGGACAGAGACACGACUGGUAGAGGGGAGGAUGAGACUCAGAACGUUAGUAAGAAAUAUGCCAAUUUAGAGUCGAGAGGCGACCGUUUUGCCGCGACCGAGACAGAGAAGCAGUCACCAUCUCCGGACUGUGUGACGUACUCUGUCAAAGAGGACUAUAGGUCAGGUCGAAUUGGCGAAGAGGGAGGGGAAGAGGGAGGGGAAGAGGUAGAGGAAGAGGAGGCAGAAACAACUGUGAGUGGUGUUGAGGUGGAGAGUGGUGAAUCAGAAGAUGAGAGUGAGAGUGAAGAGGAAGAAGAGGGGACAGUAGAUGAGGAGGUAGGGGAAAGCGCACAGUUAAGCAUCACUGAGACUUGUCUUGAAAAAGUUUCAGAGUGCAACAUGAAUAAUGAACAACGUCCAUCCGGAGAGAGAGAGACUGGGACAACAGAAGAAAAGCAGGAUCAAGAGGAGGAGAAGGAAGAGGAAAAGGACGAAGGUAAAACUUUUACAACAAGCUCGGAAGGAAUAAAAGCGGAUAAAACGGAUGACAACAAGGGAGAGAAAACAACAGAAAACGGAGAAAAGGCAGAAACAGAAGAAAGAGUCGAGGCAGAAACAAGAGAAGAACACGAAUAUUUAGGAGAAGACGGAACAGGGGUAGAUGGUGGAGUUGAAGAAGUAGAGAUCGUAACAAGAGACGAGGAACUAGAAAACAAAUAUGAUGGUGACGUUGAGGAUGGAACAACUGGUGGGGGAGAUGAGAAAGAAGAGGAAGAAGAAGAAGGAGAAGAAAAAGAAGACAGUUGCGGAAAACAGGGAACAGAACUAGUAGACAAAAAGCCAAGCUAUGAUGACCAGGGCGAGACAGAAAGCCCUAAGUAUGUUGAUCAAGAAUCAGAAGAAAGAAGCGCAGUAGUAACACACUCACAGAUUACCCCGCCUACGCCAUUUUAUGACACCACGAACAUAGGACAUUAUGGACAAGGGGAACCUAACGCUAUGUCAGAAUCUGGCAAUAGUCAGCCGGCACAAAAUGAAAUAAAAAGUUCUGAGGAAAAUGAUGAUGGUGUGAACAAAGGAGGUAACAGCGAGUAUCAUCAAGACAAAGUGACCAGAACUGGAGACAAAUAUGAUGACCUCGAGAGGAAUAAUGGUCAGUAUGGAAUGAGUGAAGGAUCAGAUGAUGAAGGCGAUAAAAGUGACCCACACAGCGUGAACAUGAGGGAGAAAGAACAGCAGAAAGAACAUGCUCAGAAUGAAAUGUCAGAGAAUGAAGACGAAGCCCGUGUACCUUAUGUGAACGAUGAAAACACAGCAGCGCAAAAUGAAGAGUCUGCUGAUGUCGACACUUCUGGUAUCCCAGAGACCUUUAUCACACAGUCUGCACAAGAUGCGGGGUCUCAUCGUGAACGCGCUUAUAGUACGGACAAAAACGGCAAGGACAUAGACGUAGGCUCACAAGAUAGAUUCUCCGAUAAUGAAGACAAGAAAGAUAUGCCGAACAACGACAAUGUUGAGUACAUGCGCACUGAAGAGUCGAGAUUCUCCAAUAAUGAAGACAGGAGAGACAUGUCGAAUAGUGACAAUGUUCAGUUUAUGCGUACUGAAGAGUCCAGUCCCGAAGAGGCAAAUACUAUCCCAAAAGCAGACGAUUUUGAGCACAAUACGAAACACGAAGUAUCUUAUAAUCAUUAUGAUCAGAACGUAGAGUCCAAUAAAGAAGAACAGAACCCAAUGUCCACUGAGCAUUAUGGUCAAGAUGCAUUUACCAAUAAAGAAGAAACGAAUGAAAUGCCCAGUGAGCAUUAUGACCAAGGCGUAGUUUCCGGUAAUGAAGAAAAGAGUAACAUCACGACUAGCCAACAUACCCAGAAAGCCCAGACCGAGAUGCUGGAGCAAAAAGGGACAGAUCAUACUGUACCAGACAACAAUGAUUUCUCUGCUCAGAUGGAGACAAGCAAACAUGAUGAUGAUUACGAUAAUGUUGCUGAAGGGAAAAACCACUGAGGUUUAAGUAUCUUCUUUUAACUUGGAACUGGGAACCAACAAAUGUGUAGCGUCGUCGUGAACUCAGGCGCUCGUCAAAACAAUGAAAAUCGACGAAACAGGCAUUUUUUCCUGCAGUUGACAAUUGUUAUCGAAUUUUGGAACAACACCUUUUAAGUUCAUCUAAAAACACAUUUCCAUGUGAUUUUUUUUUUUCGGAAAAACAUUGACUAAAUCCAGAAAAUAUGUAAAUUU